GCGUUAUUUGAGCGGACUUUGCUUUUCCGGCGAGCGGGAAAACCGACCGACGAGUGCGGGCAACACACGACGACAGGGGGCGACGAGGAGUAGGCCUAAUUGCCUUCUAAAACUCAGGAAACAGCGACAGCGAAGCAGAUUCAGAACGACUGUCGCCAACUUUGAAACUACCAAACGCGUCUUCACUGCACAAGCCUGGAAACUCUUCCAUUUUCAUCAACGAAGCUGUCAAAGGCAGCGCCCAGUCGCGUCGCGUCGAGUCCCUGAUGUCCGUGAAUACUUCCUGGUCCAAAGGUGUGUGUACACAAAUCAAAGUCAAUUGAGAAUGAAGUCGGAUGGUGAAGUCACAUCAGGGAAAUGCACUUCAACGGACACACACACACUUCUCUAAACUGAGGGACAGAAAAGAGAAGUUUAAUAGCCUAUAUAAUUCAUCCUUCAGUGUUGACGCGUCGCAAACAUGAUACGAACAGAUGAACAUCAUUCGUGCAAUGGAACCCUGAAGUGUCAUUCUGACCAGAAACAACAGGAAAGCAACAGUUUGAAAAAUGGAUAUCACAGAAAAGAAACGGUGCAGAAAAAUGAUAAGGGAGACUGUUUUCAUCAACCUCGAGUUAGGGGUGAAGAUUCAUUUGAGGAGGCCCCCAUGUAUGUGGCUGUCCUGACAUACAUGAAUUAUGGAAUUGUCAUCCUUUUUGGCUAUUUCAGGGAUUUCUUAAGAGCUGUUGGCUUAGAGAAGUGCCAUCAGGCCCAGGAGAGAGAAGAGCAAAAGGACUUUGUUCCACUGUACCAAGAUUUUGAAAACUUUUACAAACGGAACCUGUACACGAGAGUCAGGGAUAACUGGAACCGGCCUAUAUGCAGUUUACCUGGUCCGGUUUUUGACAUCAUGGAAAGGGUCUCAGAUGAUUACAACUGGACUUUCAGGUUAACAGGGAGAACCGUUGAGAACGUCAUAAACAUGGGCUCCUACAACUACCUGGGUUUCGCUGAAAACAAUGUUGACUUGCUGAAAACUGUAGCAGAGGAGACCAGACAGUAUGGGGUGGGUGUCUGCAGCACAAGACAGGAACUAGGCAACUUAAGCAUUCAUGAAAAACUGGAGCGACUUGUGGCAGAGUUCUUGGGGGUGGAGUCUGCCAUGGCGUUUGGAAUGGGUUUCGCCACCAAUUCCAUGAACAUUCCGGCACUAGUCGGAAAGGGCUGCCUGAUUCUGAGUGAUGAGCUAAAUCACACGUCCCUCAUUCUGGGAGCCAGGUUGUCUGGGGCAACCAUUCGAGUCUUCAAGCACAACAACAUGCAGAGUCUAGAAAAAAUGCUAAAGGAGGCGAUUUGCUCAGGUCAACCUCGCACCCAUCGCACCUGGAAGAAGAUCCUCAUCAUGGUGGAGGGCAUUUACAGUAUGGAAGGCUCUCUAGUCCGGUUGCCGGAGAUCUUAGAGCUAAAGAAGAAGUACAAGGCUUAUCUGUACCUCGACGAGGCCCACAGCAUCGGGGCCGUGGGGCCCAUAGGUCGGGGGGUUACAGAACAUUUUGGGGUGGACCCCAAUGAAGUGGACGUUCUAAUGGGCACCUUCACUAAGAGCUUCGGGGCUGCUGGCGGGUACAUAGCUGGGAAAAAGGAGUUGGUGGAUUAUUUGCGAAGUCACUCUCACAGUGCCGUGUACGCUACAGCCAUGUCCCCACCUGUCGUGGAGCAGAUCAUCAGGGCAAUUAAAUGCAUCAUGGGUGUCGAUGGAACAACAGAAGGCCAGCGAAGAGUUCGGCAGCUGGCUGAGAACACACGCUACUUAAGAUCACGGCUGAAGAAGAUGGGCUUCAUCAUUUACGGCAACCAGGACUCUCCAGUGGUACCGCUCCUGCUCUAUCUACCUGGGAAAGUUGGGGCGUUCUCACGGGCCAUGUUGAAGAGGAAGAUCGGCGUUGUAGUUGUAGGUUUCCCGGCUACACCUAUUACAGAGGCCAGGGCUCGCUUCUGUGUGUCUGCCGCCCACACCAGAGAAAUGCUCGAUAAGGUUCUCCAGAGCCUUGAUGAACUUGGAGACUACAUCAAGGUGAAGUUCUCCCGUCACAGAUCUUCCUAUCGGCCAGAGCUGUAUGAUGAAACAGACUUUGAGCUGGACAGCUAAUCACUCAUCGUCAUCGCUGUGAGUGUGAAGGCUUGUCCAGAGACUGCCAAGGUGUGAAUGCCUUGGUCGUUUUUAGAAGAAAGAGUGUCCUGCAUUUCCACACAGGACAGUUCUGCUUUUCCAAAAAAAAAAAAGACGAAUUUUUGCAGUUUGUUAUUGCUUUUUCAGGUGUGUUUUACUAUGAGGCAUUGACUUUUACAUGUAUAUUUUGUAAAAUUAUAUUUAAUUGGGUUUUUUAACUGCUGUUUCACAGUUUUGAGAAGUUUGUUAAACGAUUUUGUCCUCAGGGGAUUGUGGGAAAAAGGGAGGGGCCGUGUUUAUAGAACGUAUAUCAAAAGCUGCUCUAAAUAUAUCAAACAAUUAACUCCCUUAACACUGACCUACAUCAAAACUAGCUGCGGAUAAGAAAUCCCUUGAAGUGGCCCUAUUUUUUUAUCCUGCUUCUAAGAUGGACUGAUGAAAGAGCUCCAUUCUGUGCUGGAUUAUGUGUUUGUGUGAUCCACAACUACAUUGAUUGAAAGAGAUUGAACAAGGCUGGGCGUUUCAGACCCAGUGCAACUCAUUCACAGUCAUUAAACAUUCACGCAUUGCAGCUCUCAGCUCCAAGUCCUUAAAAAAAUUUUCACUGACAUGCAUUUAUUUAUAUUUCAU